GGUACUCUAGGGUCAAGCCGUGCAAAAAGCCCUUAGCAAACGAAUUGCAUACCGCACUAAAGAAUUUUCUUGGUGUCUAUCCUCGUACGCAUAUGUUUGCACACAACACCAACAAAAUAUAUGUCUUUGGACUCUAAAUCGAAAUUGCGUUAUAAUUAAUGUUAAAAUUCCUUUUGCUAUAAAAUCCGUUACUUGCGUUAACCACAACAACAGUCAACGUUUGAAGUUACAGAGUUCGAGUUUAGUGUUAAACCUUAAAAAACACAGUUAAAAGAAAACAAUAAACAGAUUUUCCUCAUAAAAUUAUCUUAAACAUAAACAACAAAAUGCCUUGCCCAUGUGGAAGCGGUUGCAAAUGUGGCAGUCAGCCAAAGACCGGUAAUUGCGGCUGCGGUUCGUCCUGCAAAUGCUGUCCUUGCGGAAGCGGUUGCAAAUGUGGCAGUCAGCCAAAGACCGGUAAUUGUGGCUGCGGCUCUUCAUGCAAAUGCUGUCCUUGCGGAAGCGGUUGCAAAUGUGGCAGUCAGCCAAAGACCGGUAAUUGCGGCUGCGGCUCGUCCUGCAAAUGCUGUCCUUGCGGAAGCGAUUGCAAAUGUGGUUCACAGUCUCAAAGCGGCAGCUGCGGUUGUGGCAGUGGUUGCAAAUGUGGCAAAUAACGCAUUUGUUUUGACUGUGCAUAAGUAAUUAAAUACCUUUGUGUGUAUUUCCGUAUAUAUGUUAACUUUGUAAAUAAAGUUCAUAAAUAAAUACAAUUGAAUAUCUGAAGAACU